GUGGAGAUGCUGUCAGCCGCCAGCUGCUCUGUGAAGGCAAUUCUCCAACCUGCUCUUCUUGGCUGUGCUAGGGAAGCUGUAUGCGAGCUUGUGACUCCCUGGAGAAACGUCUGCUUACAUCACACAGUGGCUCCCUCCGCUAAAUAUGGUGGAAGACACACAGUGACUAUGAUUCCCGGAGAUGGCAUUGGGCCUGAGCUUAUGGUUCACGUCAAGAGAAUAUUCCGAUCAAAGUGUGUGCCAGUGGACUUUGAAGAAGUGUGGGUGACCUCUACAUCUAACGAGGAGGAGAUCCACAAUGCUCUUAUGGCCAUCCGUCGGAACCGCGUUGCUCUGAAGGGCAACAUUGCAACCAAUCACUAUCUGCCUGCCACUCACAAAUCUCACAACACCAAGUUUCGCACCAUCCUUGACCUCUACGCCAGUGUAGUCCAUUUCAAGACUUUUCCUGGUGUGGAGACCAGACACAAGAACAUAGACAUCAUAGUUGUUCGGGAGAACACAGAGGGCGAGUAUACUAACCUGGAGCACGAGAGCGUGAAAGGGGUGGUCGAGAGUCUAAAGAUUGUGACAAGGUCCAAGUCUCUGCGCAUUGCUGAGUAUGCCUUCAGGUUGGCUCAGAAGAUGGGGCGCAAAAAAGUGACAGCUGUUCACAAAGCCAACAUCAUGAAACUGGGAGAUGGGCUCUUCCUGCAGUGCUGUAAGGAUGUGGCAGCCCACUACCCUCAGAUCACCUUAGAGAGUAUGAUCAUAGACAACACCACCAUGCAGUUGGUAUCCAAUCCCCAGCAGUUUGAUGUCAUGGUGAUGCCCAAUCUUUAUGGCAACGUUAUCAACAGUGUCUGCACAGGGCUGGUUGGAGGAUCAGGACUUGUACCAGGAGCCAAUUAUGGUGACUCUUAUGCAAUAUUUGAGAUGGGUUCAAAGACAAUAGGUCAAGAGUUAGCUCACAGAAACAUUGCCAAUCCUGUCGCCAUGCUGCUGACCAGCUGUAUCAUGCUGGACUACCUUGAUCUCCACUCUUACGCCACUCCCAUCCGCACUGCCAUCAUGGCAUCCUUAAAAAACAAAGCCAUCUACACACCAGACAUGGGUGGCCAGGGUACCACAUCAGGCAUUGUAGAUUACAUCCUGGACUAUAUGAAACGCCAUACACACAGUUGAAAUGCAAACAUCUUA